AUGAAUCUGUUAGUAGCAAGCAAUAUGAAACUAUUGUUUCAAAGACAAUGUUUAAGUUCACAGUUUAACAUAUCUUCGGUAACUAUAAAAACUUUUUCGAAAUAUUUUUCUAGUAAUUCAAUCGUUAAAAACAAGUCACCAACCGGGAUUGUAUUCAUGAAUAUGGGUGGUCCAUCCACUGUUGAAGAAACACAUGAUUUUUUAUAUGAAUUAUUUGCAGAUAAUGAUUUGAUUCCAAUAUCUCAGAAGUACCAACCUAUGUUUGCUAAAUGGAUAUCCAAGUUUAGAACGCCAAAAAUUGAAAAACAGUAUAUUGAAAUUGGUGGUGGUUCACCCAUUCGUCGUUGGUCAGAAUAUCAGGCCUCGGAGGUAUGUAAAAUUUUGGAUGAAAUUAAUCCUGAGACUGCUCCACACAAACCAUAUGUUGCCUUCCGUUAUGCCAAGCCUUUAACAGAGACUACAUACCAGCAAAUGUUGAAAGAUGGCGUUAAAAGAGCAGUUGCGUUCACUCAGUAUCCUCAAUUCUCAUAUUCUACAACAGGUUCGUCAAUUAAUGAAUUAUGGAGACAGGUGAAGAAAUUAGAUCCUAAUAGACAAAUUCAAUGGUCUCUAAUAGAUAGAUGGCCAACCAAUACUGGGUUAAUCAAUGCCUUUGUCGAAAAUAUUAACAGGAAGUUAAUGGAAUUUCCAGAAGAAGUUAGAGAUAAAGUUAUUUUAUUAUUUUCUGCACAUUCAUUACCGAUGGAUGUAGUGAAUACUGGUGAUUCAUAUCCAGCUGAAGUAGCAGCCUCUGUUUAUAAGAUAAUGGAAUCCUUGAAUUUUAAAAACCCAUAUAGAUUAUGCUGGCAAUCACAAGUUGGCCCUAAACCAUGGCUCGGUGCUCAAACUGCUAAGAUUUCUGAAUUUUUGGGUCCCGAAUGUGAUGGUUUACUUUUUGUCCCAAUUGCUUUUACUUCAGAUCACAUCGAAACUCUACAUGAAAUUGAUUUAGGUCUUAUUAAAGAAUCUCCAUAUGCUCAUAAAUUUAAAAGAUGCAGUUCAUUGAAUGGGAACAAGACAUUUAUUAAGGGUAUGGCUGAUUUGGUCAAAGAGCAUUUAAAUGGAAAAUUAAAUUAUUCCAAACAACUUCCUCUUGAUUUUAUUUUAGGGAAGUCUAAUGAUCCUGUCAAAGAUUUAGAUGAGUUAUUUAAUGCAAAGAGAUCCUGA